AUGUUAGUGCAAAACAAUGUUCUGCUUCCAUUUGAUCCAAAUCUAGACAUUGUAGUCUCAGCCGAUGCAUCACAUUAUGGUCUAGGAGCUGUCUUAGCACUUGUGUUACCCAACGGGUCUGAAAGGCCUGUAGCAUUCGCAUCCCGGACAUUAGGCAAGAGUGAGAUUAAGUACGCACAAGUCGAAAAAGAAGCACUGGCUCUCAUUUUUGCUGUGCGCAAGUUCCAUAAUUUCUUAUAUGGGAGGAAAUUCACACUGGUGACUGACCAUAGAGCAUUAACAUUCCUGCUUGGUCCCACCAAGGCCAUACCCACUCUGGCAGCUGCUAGGAUACAGAGGUGGGCAUUAAUUUUGGCAACAUACCAAUAUGAUUUAGUGUACAAAAAGGGUGCUGAUCAUGGAAACGCGGAUGCCCUCUCUAGGCUGCCAUGCAAAGGAGAAGAGGAGGAGGAGAUAGAAGGUGAAAUAAACUUUUUUGCCCACAGUCAGAAAUUUCCUAUAUCCUACAAGGAAAUCGGGGUUGCGACAAAGUAUGAUCCGAUCCUGUCGAAGGUCUUAGACCUUACUAGAAAUGGCUGGCCUGCAUACACGAAUGAUAUACAGCUAAGACCGUAUUCCGAUAAAGCAUUGCAACUUUCAGUAGAAAAAGACUGCUUGCUGUGGGGCUCAAGAGUAAUAAUUCCCCGUGUUCAUCAAGAAGAAGUGCUACAAUUGUUACAUACGGAACACCCUGGUGAGUCGCGUAUGAAGGCAAUAUCUCGCAGCUUCGUUUGGUGGCCAAAACUUGAUGUUGAAAUUGAAGAGUUUGUGAAGAAGUGCAGUAUCUGUCAGAAGACUAGGAAAUCAAUGCCAGUGGUCCCGUUACAACCAUGGUCAUGGCCAAACCGCAACUGGCAAAGGCUACAUCUAGAUUUUGCCGCCUAUGAGGGGAAAGAUUUUCUCAUUCUCGUUGAUAGUAGAUCCAAAUGGCCCGAAAUCUUCCACAUGAAAUCUACAACUUCUGCUAAUGUAAUAGAAAAGCUAAGAACCUGUUUUGCUGCUUACGGCUUACCAAAUACUGUGGUAACAGAUGGAGGUACCCAGUUCACGUCUCAAGAGUUAAAUGACUUUUUGAAGUUCAAUGGCAUUCGGCAUCUGGUUUCACCACCAUAUCAUCCGGCUUCAAACGGCCUCGCAGAAAGGAUGGUCCAGACAACCAAAGACGUCUUUCUGAAACAGUUUUUGGAGGAUUCAAAAACCACUUUAAACCGAACCCUACAACAUAGGCUGGACAGCUUUUUGUUUGCCUACAGGAACACGCCACACUCGACCACAGGCAUGACACCUGCCGAAAUGUUUCUCAAGACCAUCCCACGUACACCAUUGAGUUUACUUAAGCCUCAUUUGUCUGACGAUAUGAAGAGAAAGCAAGAACCCAUGUAG